AUGUAUUAGGAUGAAAAAAACAAAGGAAAAACUGAUUAAUUAAAGUAUGAAUUAAUAAAUUAAAUAAAAGAAAGAGAAACUUAAAAAGAGGAAUAAAAAAUUAAAUAAAGAUAAAAAGAACUUGAAGAAUAAAAAAAUAUAAAAGACGAAUUAGAAAAAAAUCAAUAUGAAAAUUUCUAAGCAAGUUAGGCUUUCAAAAAAUAUUAUAAUUAGUAAUUAUAAGAGUAAAUAGAUUAAAAAAACAGAAAAGAAAAUAAUGAAAAGAUGAUAUUUUAAAAUUUAAAAGAAGUUCCUUUUAUUGGAGAAUUUGAUUAUGGAUAAGUUGAUAAUGAGAAAUAAAUUUAGUUUUCUAAGUAAUUAAAGGAACAAAUUAUGGAAAAAGAAAAAAGAAAAUAAAACGAAAAUAAAAAAGAAUAAUAGGAAUAUGAAUAAUUAUAAUAAUAUUAUCGUAAACUAGAAAAUGAAUAAAAUGAGUAUGCUAGAAAAAUUUAAGAAUAAGAAAAAAAAUAGUAAAAAGAAUAGUAUAUAGAGGCCGAAAUUAAAAAAUAGUAAAAGGCACAAUUCGAAAAAGCCGAUAAUAACAUUUAUUUGAAUUAUUAAGAAAAAAUGAAACAAUUAGAAGAAGAAAAAAAAAGAAAUACUUACUAAGGUUUAAGAAAGGCCAAAUAAGAAUAUGCAAAUAUUUUAAAGAAUUAAAUAGCUUAAAAAGAUAAAAAAAAGUCAUUUGUUUAAGAAACUGGAUUAAUAAUAUAAACAAAAUCACCUAAUAUAAAAUAAUGUUAAGGUUGUUUUAAAAAUUAUCCAGACACUUUAUUAGAAUAUAGAUAAAAGAUAUAAAAUUAAUGAAAAAGAAUUAUAAAAUAUUAAAAAUAUAAUAUAUAUAUCUAUAUAUAUAUAUAUAUUAAUAUAAAUAUUAGCAACAAAAAUUAUAAAAUUUAUAAAUAGCAUAAAAUUAUU